CACAAUACAAAAAAAGAAAGAAAGAACAUACAAGAAGCAAAAAAAAACAAAACCUUCCAUUUCAAGAAAGAAUCGUUUUUAUUGUGUCCGAAAAUGGAAGAUCUGGAACAAGAGUACAAGAAUUACUGGGAAACCACAAUGUUCUUCCAGAAUCAAGAACUCGAAUUUGACAGUUGGCCAAUGGAGGAAGCGUUUUCAGGUUCCGGCGAGUCUAGUUCUCCGGACGGAGCAGCAACGUCGCCGGCUUCUUCUAAGAACGUUGUCUCUGAGAGGAACAGAAGGCAAAAGCUUAAUCAGAGACUCUUUGCUCUCCGAUCAGUCGUCCCCAAUAUUACCAAGUUGGACAAGGCAUCUGUCAUCAAAGAUUCAAUCGAUUAUAUGCAAGAACUUAUUGAACAAGAGAAGAAGCUUGAAGCAGAGAUCAGAGAGCUUGAAUCACGAUCAGUACUACUAGAAAAUCCCAUGAAAGAUUAUGAUUGCGUCAAUAAUAUUUCUGAAAUUCAGCUGCAAAAUUUCCCGGACAGAAAUGUCAUGAGAUCAAAGAAGUUCAAGCAAACCGAUUACAGCACUAGAGUACAAUACUCCCCGAUCGAAGUUCUUGAG